CACCACCACGAACUCGCCGCGAUUGGCGCAUUUUAAGCACAAAUUACCAACGAUGAAUGCCGGGGUCUUCCAGCGCAUCAUGCAAGAAAAAGGCUAUCAGACGGCUCACACUUUCGUUCUGCACAACCAAAAGUGGAAUGUGAACAGCGGACGGUUUCAGGAAAAUGUUUUAGCGGAGUUUAUUGCCGAUUUGCAUGCAGCACUGAUUGCAUUUUCAUCAGUUUGCAGAACCCUUUUGAUCCGAAAUCUGACGGUUGCUUUGCUGAAUUCGAGCAAGAGCUUGCAGUUUCGAAUGGUGAUUAUUCGAGGGCAGUUUGGAGGUGAUCAACCGGUGUCGUUAAACGCUCUUUGGGAUUUGAUUGAUGGCAGUUUUGCAAUCCCGACGGAUGACGAUCUAAAGGAUAUUGCUACUUGGACACAGGAGACAAUUCAGCGGGCAGACGACUCCCGAUACGCGCGCUUAAUGAAGGUUUUGACAAAAGUACAAAUGCCGGAUCCACGCGAUAACAACCAGUACAAUCACGUUUUGUUUCCGGCGCCGACAGAAACCAACUUCGAUUUCCUUCUCCGCCUGGAUGUAAAGAAAUUCUCGAGGUUCACGGUGCAUGCUCUGUUAAGUGAACUCCGGUUUAGACGGUCUAUGCUAACAUGCGAAUUGUCGUGGUAAUGGCGUUCGUCCGGCGUCUGUGACUAAAAAACCGUCAUAAAUGGCAAAUGUUGAAAUACUAUUUGUUUCACAGGCGCAUUUUUUGGUUUCUGCUUACGAAUGCAUUAAUUCUUCACCGUUAAAAUUGUUAGUUGCGGUUUACUAAGCUGACACACAGUUUUUUACAAGCUGAGCUUGAUCUUUUUUGUAAUUUACGGAAGUACAUAUGCAUGUAGACGGGAAUGUCAUAACACAUGAAAACGUUGUUGAAUAUCAAUUACAUCAUCCAACGUUUUAGAGUGAUAAGACGCUUGGUGUCACCAAGU